AAUUAAAAACCUAAAACGACAUAAUUUUGGCUAUGGUUUUUGUAGCUUGAAAACCCUAGCAUUCUCUCUGUUCACUCUCUUUUUAGGCAGUCGUCUCUCUCGCAUUCUCAUCCGCACUGCCUCUCUCGCGAGUUCGUCUUCCCUCUUGUUCCUCAGAAUGAAGAUUAUUGCUGCUUACUUGUUGGCUGUUUUGGGAGGAAAUGCUUCUCCUUCCGCUGCUGAUUUGAAGGCUAUUCUCUCUUCAGUUGGAAUUGAGGCAGAGGAUGAGAAGGUUAACUUUCUUUUGACUGAGGUCAAGGGUAAAGAUCUCACUGAGCUAAUUGCUUCUGGAAGGGAGAAGCUAGCAUCAGUGCCAUCGGGUGGUGGUGCAAUAGCUUACGCUGCUCCAGCAGGUGGAGCAGCCGCUGCCCCAGCUGCUGCUGCUGCUGAGUCAAAGAAGGAAGAGAAAGUGGAAGAGAAAGAAGAGUCAGAUGAUGAUAUGGGUUUCAGUCUCUUCGACUAGUUGCUUAAGCUUUUAUACGGUGAUUUUCAUGUUUUGAAGGCCAUUAAGUUUUUGGUCUGUAUUUGGAUCUGUUUUUGUUUAGAUGUUUAGAGGAGGAAGCAAAAUUUGAGACAUUUCAGAGAUAAUUUUUUGUCAGUGUUUGGAAUUUCGUUUCACAUGUACCAAUAUCUGUUUCAAAUAUUAGAACAGGAACGGCACACUCA